AUGACUAUGUUCAGGUUUCUGGCGUUGGUGCUGUUUGCAGGAGUCCAUUCGGCUUCCUCUCCCCCUCGUAUUGUUGGCGGCGAGCCCACAAGUGUUGAAAAUUAUCCAAGUAUUGUCCAAGUGGAUACCAUCAAUCCUUUAGAUAAUAUGUGGCUCCAAGGGUGUGCUGGCUCCAUCCUCAACAUUAGAUAUAUUCUGUCUGCUGCUCAUUGUUUCGAAGGAAGUUCCUUCAGCCCCAUCUUACGUCGAAUCCGAGCCGGUGCCAGUCACCGUAACACCGGUGGCUCGAUUAUCUACGUUGAACACGCUUACAAUCACCCCAGUUACGGACUACGGGGUUUCGACGGUGACAUCUCUGUGGUCAAGCUCAUCAGUGCAAUAAUCUACAGUCCUGUCAUUCAACGUACUUCAAUAUUAUCUCAAGGAUAUAUAAUACCCGAUAAUGUUCCUGUUGUGUAUGCUGGUUGGGGGCAAAUUGGGAACGGCCAGCCUCCAUCCAGUGUUCUUCUCGACGUGUCUGUUUUAACAGUCAGUAAAGAGAUUUGUCGUAAGGGCUAUGCCGUACUGAUCGAUAGUCCUGAAGUUACUGAAAAUAUGAUCUGUGCUGGUCUACCCGAGAUUGGUGGUAGAGGAUCCUGCAACGGUGAUUCUGGAGGUCCGUUGUAUUUAGGAAAUAUCACAAUUGGUGUUAUCUCUUGGGGAGGUCUUUGUGGAUAUGCCGCUUACCCAGGUGUCAACACUAAUGUUGCAUCUUACUCCGAUUGGAUCGUCGCUACUGCAGUUUAA